ACUACCUAGAACCGAAUCCCACUCCGGACAGCGAACUUCACCAACUGUUAAACCCCCUCUUCUGUUCUUAAUGUUAGGGUUGGGAUGAUAUUGAACUCCAUAAGUUAGGAUCUUGCAUUCAAACCCGGAUGUCUGUUGAAGAGCUUUCACGGAAUUCCCAGUGCUUGAUCUGUCAGGCCGCCUUAGCAGUGUUUAACAUUCGCCGGCACACCCUCAACACCUUACAGUCCUGGCCGGAUUCUCGCAUCCUUAUCGAAGUUCUAGGCCCACUAUACCUAGACACUGGGUAUUCUAAUCAGCGCGAGCUUGAUUUAUCUAAUCCGAAUAGCAUUCCUAUCCGAUUGUUUCUUAGGCUUACUGUUAGAGUCUCAAAAGAUGACUCCGAAGUUACAAGGAGUAAUCGUCCAACAAACUUUCUUCACAGCAACCCCAUAAUUUUGCUUGUACUAUUCUCUUAACAAUACUUCAACCUUAUGUAAAAUUGAGGAAUGGGCCGUGCCCUUGUUUAAUGUAUCGGUUAUUAGGAACUGGAUUCGAGGGUGC